ACAAAUUCAACCACGACAGCCUAAUUUCUAUCCACAAAAUAGACAAGGUCCACCAAAAAACUUUAAACCGAUACCCAUGUCUACAUCAACUAUUACGAACCGCCCCUCGCAACAACAGAAUCAAUACCGUCCUAACUUUUUCUCAAAUCACAGACAAAGACCAAAUUUUAUCGCUGAAGAACUAACCAACACCGAAGCGACCGAACAAUCACAAAACGAACAAGAAUACGAUGAACAGCAAUACUAUGAUCCAAAUUAUGAAAAUUAUGACCAACAAGAAUAUGAAAAUUCAGAUACUAUUAUUAUUAUGAUUUUAUAA